CUGGCUCAGCUUGGGCUUCUCUCGCACACCGCCUCUUCUUCACCCUCGCAUGGCGACAGCUGCUUCGACCUCGCUCCAUGCCCUUCGCUCUCCGAGCUCGAGAGCGAAUUCCGAGCUCUUUCAUGGCGCCGGAUUCCCUCUCCGAUCUUUCAUCCAUGGAUCAAAGCCCCUCUUCGCUGCUUCUUCGGUACGUUUCGCCUCUCAGCUUAGAAAGAAGUCGAUCCGGCGAUGCAUCUCGGCCUCGGCUUCUACUAAUGAUUUUGAACACAUCCCAAGAAAGUUUCGUGAAGAGAAUCUCAAGGACGGAUUGAUGGACAAUUAUAAAAAUGCUCCCAGCUGCCUCUAUGGUCUUUCUGCUUCACAAAUGGAUAUGUUUAUGACAGAGGAUAACCCUUUCCGUCGUCAAGCUGACCAAGUCACUGAGGAGAGCAUAUCAUCCACUAGGAAUUAUGUCGAUAAUGGGGGGAUGUAUAGCCUAUCAGGUACAACUAAUGCUUCAUCAAAGUACAGUAUGAGUGUAAGCAUGUACCGUGGAGGAGCUCGGGGAUAUGGCAGGCCCAGAACUGCACCUCCAGACUUGCCAUCUUUGCUCUUAGAUGCUCGGAUAUGCUACUUAGGCAUGCCUAUAGUUCCAGCUGUGACUGAGCUACUUGUUGCUCAGCUUAUGUGGUUAGACUAUGACAACCCAUCAAAACCUAUAUAUCUUUACAUAAACUCAUCUGGAACACAGAAUGAAAAGAUGGAGACUGUUGGAUCUGAAACUGAGGCAUAUGCCAUUGCUGAUACUUUAGCUUACUGCAAAUCCAAAAUUUACACGGUGAACUGUGGCAUGGCAUAUGGUCAAGCAGCAAUGCUCUUAUCCCUCGGUGCGAAGGGGUACCAGGCUCUUCAGCCAAAUGCAUCAACUAAGCUAUAUCUACCAAAAGUAAAUAGAUCAAGUGGAUCUGUUAUUGAUAUGUGGAUCAAGGCUAAGGAGCUUGAUGCAAACACCGACUACUACAUUGAGUUGUUAGCCAAAGGAAUCGGAAAGUCCAAGGAAGAAAUUGCGAAAGACAUCCAGCGUCCGAAAUAUUUUCAAUCACAAGAAGCAAUUGCAUAUGGAAUAGCGGAUAAGAUCAUUGACUCACGAGACGUUGCAUAUGAGAAACGAGAUUAUGAUGGGAUGCUGGCUCAAUCGAAAAACAUGCGAAGGCAAGCUGGAGGCGGCACCCAAGCAGCUCCAUCUGGAUUUAGAUAGGCACAGGAGUGAAAUGCCCAAAUAGAAUUCAGCCAUUGGCACUGUGUUAAUAUGUUUAUCAAUCAAGCUAAAGUAGAAGAAUGAAGAUCAUUCUGGUACUUAUGAGCUUUUUCUAAAUACUUUCAUAAUGUUAUUACACUGGAUCUAGAUGUUGAAAGAACAGCCAUGUUAAAUACAAUGCAAGAUUUUGAAUUUCCUAAA